AUGGCGGAUGCAGCAGCUGCCACAGCAGACGCCAGCGGCGGCGAACAGAUCGAAUUAGAGGACUCCCUCGUCGCGUACUGCGAGUCGCAUGCCGACACGACACCUGCGGAUCUUCUGCGAGCGUUUAACGUGCGCUGCUACCUCUGGCCGCGCCUCACGGACGCCGAGCGCGAUGCUGGAGCCGUCGUGUCGGACGCGAGGGUCGCGGACUGCUCGCAGGACGAGCUCGUUUCCUGUCUCGCAAGUUGGAUACGGCUGCGCGAGGCCGAGGCUGCGUUCCGGCAAGCUUUGGCGGCGGCGGAGCGCGUCGUCGUCGUGCAUGGUUCGAUAAACGCCAACGCCAUGCGCGCGCUCGCUGCGCUGGCGCCCAGCAGCGAUGCAGAGCGGCCAGUGAAGCGCCGCCGUGGCGACGAGGUCGACGCGCGCGAUACACCGCCAUCGAUGGCCGUCCGCGCCCUAGACGCCCGCGCCGCGCGGAGCCACGGCCGCCAGCUCCGACAAAGCGGCUACUGCGUCCUUCCGACCUUGGUGACCGGCGACCUCGACGCCUGGAUCCGGCGGCGACACCUGCCGCGCGAGCUUUCGUUUUACCCGAACUGGAAGAGCUCGGACUUCUUCCACAACGCCGAUUCCGAGCCGCCGAUCCCGCUCAGCGGCGACCUGGAACCGCUGCGGGCGCUGCUCCCUGGCAUCGAGGCCGCGGCGUCGAGCAUCGCGGGCGAGCGCCUCGUGUGCCUCCAGGCGAACGCGACGCUCUACUCGUCGAGAACGAACGCGCAGCUCGGCGACCACAAAGACGGCUCGCCGUUUUCCGUCGUCGUCCACGUCUCGGCGUCGCGGCCCGAGACGGCGGGGCUCAUUUUCAACGAGGAGCUCGUCCUAUUUUCCGAGCCCGGCGCCGCGGUAUUAUUACGUGGCGACGAGUACACGCACCGGUCCUGCGCGGUCGACGAGGGCCAGGACCGCCUCGUGCUCGUAUUUUUUCUCGAUUAUGCGAGUGCGAGCCGCGCGGCGCACCCGCGGCCCCCGGCGUCGGCGCGCGAAGUGUCAUUCCACGCGCCAGACGAGCCCCUGGCCGACGCGCUCCGGGCGGCGGACCUGACGCUCGUCGUCGGCUGCGCGGCGCCCGACCUCGCAUCCGUAAAGGGCAAGGUCGCCGCCUUCCGCGCGCCCGUACAAAGCGCGGACUUCGUGUUCGGGGCGGGCCCGCUCGAGCGCGUCCUCGGCCACGCCGUCGGGACCUACUAA